UCUUCGGGAUUACCAUGACAAUGGACAGGUUAACGGAAUCUGUCCAAUGACGUCUUGUCAGGGGCGGGACGUAAGAGCACGGCCCGUUAUCAUUGGCCACUAUGCGAGAGAAACAAAACCAAAAAAAAAAAGGAGAGGGUUCAUUGGUCAGGGCAUUAAUAGCAAGGUAAGCGUGGAGCUGUUUAAUAGUGGCGAAAAUAGCAGUAGUGGAAGAGACAUGACGGUGUCGCAAGUUGCUAAUGGAGCCCAAGGAAAGCCUCCUUUGGAAGAACCACAAUGGGUAUUUCCGAUUAAAGUGGAGUCAGAGUCAGAAUCAGAAGUGGAAUUAGGUAAUAACAUCACUGGAAAUGAGCUCCUGGAUUUCCUUAUGCCACAGCAAGACCAAAUAGCUACUUCAAGUUUAGGUGAUCAGUUUUAUGAUUCACUUCAGGAUCUCAAAAGGAAAAACAGGCAGAGUUUAUUAGAAUUAGGACUCUUAUAUCAAGAAAAGCUGAAAAAUGCUCAUCACUCAUCCAGAAAAGACAAGGAACUAGAAGAUUUUUUCCAGGGCAAUGGAAGACUGAUACUGCCAAUAAAAUUCCAGAAUGAUCUGAGGUGUGAUAAUAUAAGAAGUUGGAACUCUUUCUCUGAUAUCACUUUAGAUAACUCAAAGGAUGAGAAAAAUCAUUACUCAUUUCUUCAGUCUUGUUCAAAACCAAAGAGUGCCUCAGCUAUUGGGAUUUCCUCUUUUACCAUUCCUCAGCCCUUCAAAAUGACCCUUCGAGAAACUCAUGAAAAAUCUCAGUUUCUAAAAUCACAGGCAUUGCCUGAAAAAGAGUCAACUGCAUACAAAAGGCAAUUGCAAGAGGCUGCAGAAUGCCAAAAACAAUUUAGAGCACAACCUGUGCCUGCUCAUAUCUAUCUGCCACUCUACCAGGAAAUAAUGGAAAAGAAUGAAAUCCGUAGACAAGUGGAAACUCAAAAAAGAAAGGAGUUGCUACUUUCAAUGCAAAAACCAUUCAGCUUUCAGAUAAAAGAAGAGGAGAGAAAAGAGGCCACCAGACAUCAGUUUCUGAACAUUUUAACUCCAGCUAAGAAAAUAGUACCAAAGUUCAGAAAGAUAAUCCCCAAGUCCACAUAUGAGCCAAUGCUUGGGGAUAAACUCGAAGAAGCUGAACUCUUAAGAAAAAUCCGUAUUCAGUUGAGAGCCAAGGAAUUAUUGGAAAAGUCCUGGGCCCCCAUUGAGCUUGACAAUAAACAAAGGGAUAAAAAAUCCCAAAUUGCCUCCAAAAAUAGGGAGCAAAAGUUGAGUUUUCUGCAAGGCAACUUUAGUUUUAAGCCAAGAAUUAAUGCUUCAGUGCCUGAUUUUGAAGAACUUUACUGGGCAUUUCAGAGAAAAGUACUAACCAAACAAGAAAUUAAAGAAGCAACUCGUAAUAAACCAUUCAGACUGAGAACAGCAAAUCUCAGUUGCAGACAUAAAAUGUGUGACAAGAUGGUGGAUUCUCAGCAACCUUCUAUGGCUCCAAUACAAAGAAGUCGGUCUUUUAAUUGUCUUUCAUCUCUCUCUGCCAAUACAGUUCCAAUAUAUAUUACAGAUGCAGUGAGAAAGAGGGCAGGUGCUAUUAAACUCCUCCAAGAAAAUAAGAAAUACAAGGAGAAUGAAGGAGCUCGCUGGGCAGAGCUACAAAGAAAAAAAUGCCAAGCAAUACAUAAAUCAGUGAUUUGUCGAGCAAAAGCUAUGGACCCACAUAAAAGUUUGGAAGAGACACACAAAGAAAAACUGAAGCAAAACUGGCAAAACGGCCAGAAAAGAACAAGAGAAUAUAAGAAAGAACUAGAAGAGAUGAAGAUGCGUGUGAAGAACAGACCUUACCUAUUUGAACAAGUCACAACACAUAGUGCCUGUCAAGGAGCACAGAAGCUUUUUAAAGACACCUUGCAGCAAUUUGGAUUGAAUGAAGAGUUUGUGAAAAAGAAAGGGAGAGAAGCCGCUGACACAGUAGAAAAGCAACAGCAGUUUGAAUUGAAAAGAAAUCACAAAUCCCAGAACGGUACUGAGGCUGACAUCGUAAAACAGCUAUCCCAAGAGGGACUAAAAAGAUUGGAAUUAAAGUAGAAACAACUAAUAAGUCUC